GCACAGAAAAGAUAGAUUCUUUACAAACACCCUCAAAAAAACCUUGUAAAUCUUCCAAAUUCCUUCAUGGGCACUCUCUGAGAUUGAAUGACGACUGGAUUAGUUAUGGAUGAAGUUCAUGAAGAUAAGGUGUUUGAUGAAAUGCCUGAGAAUGGAAAUUUGUUGAAAACUGGAGAGAAUUUGGAUUUGAAGUCUCAGAAAGAUGUUGGUUCUGUUGGUAUGAGUUCUCAUGAUGUGGGUGCAUCGGGUGCGGUGGCCGAGCCAUCUAUCGAAGAGCUUUAUGAUAACGUUUGCGAGAUGCAAAGUUCCAAUCAGUCGCCAUCUAGAAAUAGCUAUGGAUCGGAUGGUGAAGAGUCCAUGAUCGAUUCGGAAUUGAGGCAUUUAGUUGGAGGUGAGAUGAGGGAAGUGGAGAUUAUCAAAGAAGAUGAAGAGAUUUCUAAGCGAAAUGAGGAAGAAAGCUCGAAAUCGUCCUCAAGAAACUCGAAGAAAGCUUACCGAUCGCAAUUGGAUACAGAAACAAGUUCUAGAUCGAGUCCCAAGAGCAAAACCCAUCAAACGAACCGUCUUUUAGGGAAGAAAAACAAUAAGAAAUCGAGAAAACCGGUUGUUGGUGAUAAAGACUUGGAUCUUGGUCCGUUAUUGCUUAAACAAGCCCGAGAUUUGAUGUCUUCUGGCGCUAACCCUCGAAAAGCGCUCGAUUUCACUCUUCGAGCAGCUUCUUCUUUCGAGAAAUCCGCUAAUGGAAAACCAAGUUUAGAUGUCGUUAUGUGUUUGCACGUUACAGCUGCGAUAUACUGCAGUUUAGGGCAGUAUGAUGAAGCUGUUCCGAUUCUUGAAAACUCCAUUGAGAUGCCGGUGAUCGAUGAAGGUCAAGAUCAUGCUCUCGCUAAAUUUUCCGGUUUAAUGCAGUUGGGUGAUACUUACGCUAUGUUGGGUCAAGUUCAAAAUUCGCUUAAAUGUUACACAUCGGGUUUAGAAGUUCAGAAACAGGUUUUGGGCGAAACUGAUCCAAGAAUAGGUGAAACGUGUAGAUAUCUUUCCGAAGCUCAUGUUCAAGCGCUCCAAUUUAAUGAGGCCGAGCGUUUCUGUCGCAUGGCUCUCGAGAUUCAUUCUGGUUUGCCGGCAGAAGAAGCAGCGGAUCGGAGACUUAUGGGUCUGAUUUGCGAGACGAAAGGAGACCAUGAGGGUGCACUCGAGCAUUUGGUUUCGGCUAGCAUGACCAUGGCGGCUAACGGGCAAGAAAAUGAGGUAUCUUUUGUCGAUUUAAGCAUUGGGGACACAUAUUUAUCGUUAUCUAGAUACGACGAAGCUAUUUGCGCUUAUCAGAAGGCCCUCACAUCUCUGAAAUCCUCCAAAGGCGAAAACCAUCCGUCUGUUGCUUCGGUUUUCGCCCGUUUGGCGGAUUUAUGCAACAAAACCGGCAAGUUUAAAGAAUCGAAAUCCUACUGUGAAAACGCUCUUCGCAUAUACGAAAAUCCCGUUUCUGGAUUCCCUCAGGAGGAAAUUGCUUGCGGUUUUACCAACAUUUCGGCCAUUUACGAGUCUAUGGAUGAGCUUGAUUUGGCACUCGAGUUGCUAUACAAAGCGUUAAAGAUAUAUAACACGGUUCCUGGGCAGCAAACCACGAUUGCCGGCAUCGAAGCUCAAAUGGGAGUUAUGUAUUAUAUGAUGGGAAAAUAUUCGGAAUCCUACGAUUCAUUUAAAACCGCCAUUCUCAAGCUUCGCGCAAGUAGCGAGAAGAAAUCGGCUUUUUACGGGAUCGCGCUUAACCAAAUGGGACUCACGUGUGUCCAACGCUAUGCCAUAAACGAAGCGAUAGAAUGCUUCGAAGAAGCUAGGAGGGUUUUGGAAAACGAGUGUGGUCCGUUUCAUCCCGAUACGCUUGCGGUUUAUAGCAAUCUUGCGGGAACUUACGAUGCCGUAGGCAGGUUGGAUGAUGCAAUUGAGAUCUUGGAACAUAUUGUUGAAAUGAGAGAGGAAAAGCUAGGGACCGCGGGGCUCGAUGUGGAGGACGAGAAGAAGAGGCUAGCGGAAUUACUAAAAGAGGCCGGGAAGGUUCGAAGCAAAAAAGCUAGAUCGCUAAUGAAUCUUCUUGAUUCGAAUUCUCGAGAAAAAACCAACAACGAUGCUGUUAAAGUUUGAAGAUUUGGACGACGACGACGACGGUGUUGUUUGUUUUUUUGUGGAAAACAUUGUAUGAUUAUAAGUUAUAAACACAUAAUUAUUAUCUAUCUAUAUAUAGAGGCGGGUUCAAACGAAAAGACAAUCAACUUACGAGAAGUGGAAGAAGGGUCAAAUCACAUGUGAUUCACAACACGUACAGAAGGUGAGUUUCUUACACGACCUUGGUUGUGUUGAUUGGUCGCCCGUGUCCUUCUGGACAUGUAGUAAUUCACAUGUGAUUUAGCAUAGAUUCACAUGUGAAUUGAUCCUUCUCGCACUUGUUUUAAGUUAACUGUCUUCUCGAUUGAUCUUUUAUUCUAUAUACAUAUGGAGAGAUUUGAAAGGAGUAUAGGUUGGUUCAUGACUUUCUAUUUAUAUUGGU